UCUGGUAAACGUCCGUAAUAAUGGCGAAGAUGAUAGCUUUGAGAUCGCUCUACCGCUCAGUCUCUUCCAGAUCUUAUCGAGUAGCCGCCGCUAACCAGCAACUACUACGCCACUCUCAGCUUCUCCACUCUUCCGCCGCUGCUGCGCGAACCCUCUUCAAUGCCUCAUCCCCCGUCGCCAAGGACCUCUCUUCCGAUGAUUACAAGUCCCCGUUUUCGAGGGGGUUGGGAAGUAGGAAAUUUUAUAGUGAUGAUGUGAGUCACUUGCCUGCCAUUAAAGACCCUGCGCUGCUCAAUGUUUUCAAGGAUUUGCUGGCUGCAAGUUGGGAUGAAUUGCCCAAUAGUGUCGUCCAUGAAGCGAAGGCGGCGUUGUCUCAGAAUACUGAUGACCAGACUGGCAAAGAGGUUGUCACAAAUGUUUUCCGGGCAGCGGAGGCUGUUGAGGAGUUUGGCGGGAUGAUUACUAAUUUGAAGAUGGAACUUGAUGACAGUGUUGGUAUGAGCGGAGAGAAUGUCAAGCCAUUGUCAGAUGAGUAUGUGAAUGCACUGAAGACCAUUUUCAGUCGCUACAUUACCUAUUUGGAUGCAUUCGGGCCUGAGGAGACCUAUUUGAGGAAGAAGGUUGAGACAGAGUUGGGAACUAAGCUGAUAUACUUGAAGAUGAGAUGCAGUGGCUUCGGUUCUGAGUGGGGAAAGAUCUCUGUUCUGGGAACUUCUGGACUUUCCGGAUCAUAUAUUGAGCAAAGAGCUUAAUCCCAGAAUUUCAGAGAAUGUUACCGUAGUUGGAAGCUUUCCGGUUUUUGGAAUCGCGUUUGUUGGAUAUUUGGAAACAGGCCAGAUGUUCAGCUUCUGAUGACAGUUAAUAAAGAGAAUAUCUUUCUUGAUCUAUUAAUGGAAUACUGUUGCAUCCUGUUCUUUCAUUUGCGAUGGUGUAUAACGUUGUAAGUUUGUUUCGUCAAGUAAUUUCCGUUUGAUUUGUUUCA